AUGCUCCUGCUCCACAUGCUCUCACAGCACCAGCAACACACGCACAAGGCCCUGGCGGCGCCGGUGAAGCUAGAGGCGGCCGACGGAGAGGAAGCAGGUCACCAAGUCAGCGACGGGCGCGCGUUCCGCGGGGUGCGCAAGCGGCCAUGGGGCAAGUACGCGGCGGAGAUCCGUGACUCGACGCGGAACGGCGUGCGUGUGUGGCUGGGCACCUUCGACAGCCCGGAGACUGCGGCGCUGGCAUACGACCAAGCUGCCUUCGCCAUCCGCGGCGGCGCCGCCGUGCUCAACUUCCCCGCCGACCAUGUCCGGCGUUCGCUUGAGGGCGUAGCAGACGACGUGUGCGGUCGUGCCCAUAGCGUGUCGCCCGUGCUCGCGCUCAAGCGGCGGCACUCCAUGCGGAGCCGGAAGGCCACGGCGGCGGGCAGGAAGGUGAAGGCCGCCACCCGGGGGGCGCAGCCAGAGGGCAUGGUGAUGGAGCUUGAGGACCUCGGUGCGGAGUACCUCGAGCAGCUGCUCGGCGCCUCCGAGGACACAGCCACCAUGGAUUCAUGGUGCUGGAGCCACCACUUUAUCUGA